AUGCAUUGGAAAGGCCUGCGGCUUGUCGCCGAUGGCAGCUCCAAACGUCAAAGUACCUUUGAACCCCAAUCUCAGUCCCGCCGCAGUGAACAUCUGCCUCGUCCAAGCCCACCGGUGUCGGGACCGAGACUCUCGGAGUCCAUUACCCGCAGUCCAGAGCCCUCUCCGAUCGAUGGAUUCGAUGAUUCGAGACUCGAAGUGCCCACCGAGAUUCCAGACCAUGGGGUCGCCCAGUCUGAACUUGCCGACCCUUCCUCUGGAGAUGCACCCAGCUUGCGACGGAAUCGAUUCAGUUUCAUGAGAUUACGACAUGCCUCUGAUCCGCAGCUGUCCAAAAGCUACGCCAAGGCCGGUCAGCAGGAAGCUCCACCGAUGCCCUCCUUGCCGCGUAAGUCGAUGGAUAGGAAUCAUACUGAUGGAGGUGCAGGAACGCAUAGACGACUAACGAUUCUUUGUCUCAACUCUGCAGCCCCUAAAAUAAUCACCACUGCCCCCACCAGCCACGAGCUCGACCAGCCCACCAAGGAACUACCCUUUUUCAACAAACUUCGACCCUCUUCACGCAAACAUUCCAUGGAGGAGCUAUCGCGCAAUUCAACAGACCAGCCGAAGAUGAGACCAGUACGGAAGAACCAAGGAUCGACCGAUUCACAGGUUGAUUCAAGCCUCUCGACAUUCCAGGGUAGCAUGGAGGAACCGGGUCGACUGUCGAUAACGUCAUUACGCAAUGGAAGCCGUGAUCAGAUGAACUUGAACGAUUCCCAGCGCUCCUCUGUCACAGACCCCCGCUUCUCAGAAUCAUCUCGCUCGGAUCAGAGCUAUGGAGACCAGGCUGCAUACCGUAGCAGCUCCCCGCGAGACGGCUUUGGAUCAACGUCAAGUGCCAAGCGGGGAGGAUUCCGUCUACCGCGACUGAAGCGAAAUCGUAGUCCUCUAUUUCCCCUACCGCCGAAGCCCCCUCCAGGACAGUCAAUCCUCAAUGGCCCCAAGUUCCCACCGGCGGACACACCGAAAUCAGAUGGAUCUGGAGACCACGACCAAAUCUCCCCCCCUCCCCUCGCCGUCCCGCUCCUCAGUGGGACUUUCUGGCCCAAGUGGUCAGCCUACACUCUUUCGAAAUGA